AUGGGCCAGCAAAUAGUUCAUUGUGAGUCUGCUGAGGAGCUUGGCAGACGCAGUAGAUUGCGGUGUAACGAGGAUGCCAUUCACGUAUUGAAAGAAAAUACUGGAACUGAUGCAGUCAAAGGCAUUGUCCUACAUUUACCUUUACAGAAAAAUGAGCAACUAAAUGUUCAAGCCUUCUCAAAGAUGAAAAAAUUGAAAAUUCUUGAGAUUAGAACCGAUGAUUAUGGAAAUGACAUUUCUUAUGCUCGUUCUAAAACAAGCAAUCUAGAAUGGCAUGGAGAUCCUUCAAAUUUCAUGUUAAGCAAUGAGUUAUGUGUUAUGAAAAUGUCGAAAUAUCCUUUUGAAUCCUUGUCGAUCAAUUUCCAACCAGACAAUCUUGUUGAGCUCAUUAUGCCUCACAACUGCAUCAAACAACUGUGGGAUGGAAGGAAGAGUUUUGACAAAUUGAAACACAUUAACUUGAGUGACUCUCAAAACUUGAUCGAGACACCAUACAUGAGCGAAAUCCCAAAUCUUGAGCGACUAGAGCUCGAACAUUGUACAAGUUUGUCUAAGGUCCACCCAUCAAUUGAAAUUCUAAUACAGCUUAAAUGGUUGAAUCUACGAGAUUGCAAAAGUCUUGAGAGACUUGCAGACGAGAUCAGAUUGGAAUCACUUAAAUAUCUUAAUCUUUCUGGUUGUUCAAGACUUAACAAGUUUCCAUAUUUUGUGGGUAAUAUGACAUCUUUGCAUAAACUUUAUUUGGAUGGGACUGCCAUAAAAGAGUUACCAUUAUCAUUUAAGAGUUUGUUGUCUCUUGUAAGUCUCAAUAGAUCCGACUGCUCAAGACUAGAGAAAAUCCCAAAGGACCUCAUCAGUGAUUUUAGUAAUUGCAAUCUAUUAGAUGAAGCAAUCCCCAAUGAUCUUUGCUGCUUAUCCUCACUUGAAUUUUUAGAUUUGUCUGGAAACAAAUUUACGAGGAUACCAGACAUCUGGCAGCUUUAUAAGCUUAGAAUGCUAGAUCUGAGUCACUGCAACCUGUUGGAUGGAGCGAUCCCUAAUGAUCUUUGCUGCUUAUCCUCACUUGCAUUUUUAAAUUUGUCUAGAAACAAAUUUACGAGGAUACCAGACAUCUGGCAGCUUUCUAAGCUUAGAGUGCUAGAUCUGAGUCACUUCAACCUUUAUUGCAACCUAUUGGAUGGAGCGAUCCCCAAUGAUCUAAGUGGCAUAUCCUCACUUCUUUCAUUAAACCUAAGUGGGAACAACUUUACGAGAAUUCCAGAUAGUGUGGCUCAACUUUCUCAUCUUCUGGAACUUAACUUGGAAGAUUGUAGUUGGCUUCAAGUAUUGCCGAAGCUUCCAUUAAGAUUAGAAUACUUGUAUAUAAAAGCUUGUCCAUUGCUUAAGAUGUUUUAUGACCAAAUGGACGUGUCGACUUCAAAUGAAAUAUUAAGGAGCACUAAUUGCUCUUUUGCAGCUGCUGAUAUUGAUUUUGAUGGUGAACCCAACAAGAUCCUAUAUCUACAUCCACAAAGUCUUUUAUGGAUUGAUCAGAGCAAUCAUUAUUUUCAAUCUUUUUUUACCGAGGUAGCAUGUGGCCCUGCACUGCUGGGAUCAAGAAUCCCCGAGUGGAUCAACGAUAAAAGCACUAAUUCGUCUGGAACAAUUCAAAUGCAUACAGAUUUGGGCUUAGAUGAGUGGAAGGGUCUAUCGUUGGUAGCUGCUUUAAGUCGGGAUUUUCCUGACUUAGUGGGUAGAGAUUCUUCAUCUCUAGUCACUGUGACGGCCUAUGGGUAG